CGCAGGUCAGCAUGUGCAGUCUAACAAGCAGCACACACAACUCGUUUUCUCCACUCCUCGCUUUUUCGAACUAUAUUAUACACCAAAAAAAUUAUUAUUCAUUUCAAUUCAAUUCACUUCACUUCACUUCAGCUCAGUUCUAUACCCUUUACAUUUUUCGUUCUAAAAUUAAUUGGAAUCCUCACUUUAUCUUUAUUGUAAAUGGCCGCUCACAUCGACUCACUCACUUCCGCCAGUGGCCUCAUUUCCCUCCUUGACGAAGAGGAGCGCGAGCUGCAGUACUACGGCCUCACGCAGCUGGAUGCCGUGACAGAGCGCUUCUGGACAGAAAUCUCAGAUUCAAUUUCUAAAAUCGAGAUUCUCUACGAAGAUGAGUCCUUCGAACACCGCCAGCUGGCCGCCCUAGUCGCCUCCAAGAUUUACUUCCAUCUGGGCGAGUUUGACGACGCCCUGUCGUUUGCCUUGGGCGCUGGGUCCCUCUUUUCUCUCACUGAGUCGUCGGCCUAUGUACAGACAGUCGUCAACCACGCUAUUGACAAGUACAUUGAGCUCAGGCGUGUCGACGGUGGCCCUGUGGACGCCAGACUGGAGGCUGUGGUGGAGCGCAUGUUUGAGAGGUGCUUUGCGACGGGCGAUUUUGACCAGGUCGUUGGCAUUUCUAUCGAGGCCAGGCGGCUGGAUGUCCUGGAGCGUGCGCUGAAGAGCGGCGACACGAAGGCCCUGCUGGCAUACGUGCAGAAGGACUGUGUGGAUGUGAUCAGCAGCAUUCAGGUGCAGACUGCCGUGCAGGAGCUGCUUGUGAGCGUACAUAUGCAGUUCAAUGACCCCGACUACGAGGCCGUCUGCAUGUGCUUGUCCAAGCUUAAUAACCCCGAGAAGACCGCCGAGAUCUUUAAUCUUUUGAUCAGCGACGACACCAACGAGGAGCGCGUGUUGUCGGCGUACCAGAUUGCCUUUGACCUGAACGCCAAUGGCACACAAGAGUUCACCAAGGCUGUGAUCGCCCACCUGUACUCGCCGGGCAAGGAGGACACCGCGUGUGUUGCCCGGGUCAAGUCCAUUCUCAGCGGCGACGAGACGCUGAAGUUACACCUUGAGUUUUUGUUCCGCAACAACAAGACGGACCUCAACAUCCUCAACAGCACAUGCAAGCUCCUGGACUCGCGCCUGUCCUUGGCCCACAGCGCCAUCACCUUUGCUAAUGCCUUUAUGCACGCGGGCACUACUGUAGACAACUUUUUGCGCGAUAACCUCGAGUGGCUGUCGCGCGCCAACAGCUGGUCAAAGUUCUCGGCCACCGCGGCGUUGGGCGUCAUCCACCACGGCCAUAUCAAGCACGGGCUUAGUCUGCUUCAGCCGUACCUGCCUGAGGACAAGAUGUCGGCGUCGCCGUUCAGCGAGGGUGGUGCGUUCUUCGCACUCGGUCUUAUCCACUCAUGCCACGGAUCCGACCAGGUCAUUGCCUACCUGCAGGAUGCUCUUGUGUCAUAUACGGGCCAGAACUCGGAGAUUCUGCACCAUGGUGCUUGCCUCGGCCUGGGUGCUGCCGGCAUGGGGUCCGGGAGCGAGGACAUGUCGCAGGCGCUGAAGAACGUCUUGUACGCGGACAGCGCGGUUUCUGGCGAGGCUGCUGCGCUGGGUCUUGGCAUGGUCAUGAUGGGAAGCAACAAUGAUGAGAUUCUCAAGGACAUGCUGCUCUAUGCCAAGGAGACAGAGCACGAGAAGAUCAUUCGCGCGCUUUCCGUUGGCGUUGGCUUGGUGAUGUUUGGACGCAAACAGGAGGCUGAUCCCCUGGUGGAACGGCUGCUUUUGGAGAAGGAUCCCCUUUUGCGCCUUGGUGCUGUGCACACCAUUACGAUGGCAUACUGCGGUACGGGCGACAACGGGGCGAUCCGCAAGCUGCUGCACUUGGCUGUAUCUGAUGUCAAGGACGACGUGCGUCGGGCGGCAGUCACUGGGCUGGGCUUUAUUUUGCUGCGCAGUCCUGAGCAGGUGCCCCGGAUGGUUGAGCUUUUGUCGGAGAGCUACAACCCGCAUGUGCGUGUUGGCUCAGCGCUGGCUCUGGGUAUUGCCUGUGCAGGUACGGGCAAUAAGGCGGCGAUCGCGAUCUUGGAGCCCAUGUUGGAUGACUCUGUGGACUUUGUCGUCGAGGGAGCAUCGAUUGCGCUGUCCUUUAUCUUGAUCCAGCAGAACGACGCGUACGAGCCCAAGGUUGCCGACGUGCGCAAGCGGUUUGCGGCUAUUAUUGAGACAAAGAAUGCCCAGGGAGUGACCAAGUUUGGCGCGGCCAUUUCGCAGGGUAUCAUUGAUGCCGGCGGUCGGAAUGUCACCAUUGGACUGACAACCUCUGAUGGUCAACUUAAUGCUCCGGCGUGCGCCGGUAUGCUGCUUUUCACGCAGUUCUGGUACUGGUUCCCGUUGGCGCACUUCCUUACGCUGGCGUUUAAGCCCACGGCGCUGAUUGCUGUGAAUGCGAAUAUGCGGAUGCCGGAUAUGGAGGUUUUAUGUGUGGCUCGUAAGGCCCUGUUUAGUUACCCGGCCAAAAUUGAGUUGCCAGUUACGCAGGCACCAACAAAGAUCGCUACGGCUGUGCUUUCGACUACGGCCAGGGCGCGUCGUGCAGGCAAGAAGGAAGACGAGAAGGAAGACUCAUCUACAUCUGCUGGAUCCGCUGCCUCUGCUUCUGCUUCUGCAUCUGCUGGCAGCAUGGAGGUCGAUGAGAGCCCGGAUACCAAGAAGAAGAGCAAUGUGAAAAAGGCAGCUUCAGACACGCCGUUUGCGGUUGGCAACAUGACUCGUGUGUUGCCAUACCAGGAGAAGUUUGUCAAGUGGACUGCUGGCUCGCGGUACGUUCCUGUCAAGCAAGGUCGGGUUUCAGGUGUAGUUCUGGUGAGGGAUACUGCUCCGGAGAAUCCUGAGACGCUUCUUGCUAGCUUAUUGCCUGAGUCGCAGGAGAUGGAGGAGAGCAAUGCCCCGAGUGUCCAGGCUCCUGAACCGUUUGAGUAUCCGUUUGGUACCGAGCAGGCCUAAAAGCUCCGUGUGUGUUUUUUCUUUACUCUAGUUUUUCUUCAUUUCUUUCAAUUUUUUAUUUACUUUUAAAAAUCAAUUUUAUUUAUACUUUUUUACUUCAA